UGGACUCCGAACGGUCACUGGAAAUCUUGGGAUUCCGGUCACAGAGGACACCGGGUCCCAGGUCGCCAGCCCCACACAGCACUUGAAGGAGCAGAGGACAAGUUUUCUUCUCCGGUCGGAACGGUGUUCUCUCCAGUCGUGACCGUGCCCAUGGAAGGAGCAAAGAGCGAGACUACCGGAAAGUCACCGUUUGAGCGUCAGCGGAAGACGGAAGACGCCAAAGUGAAUUCCGCCAGGUCUCCCUGGCGAUUUCUCCACGUCUGCUCCCCCAGGCCUGCAGUCCCGGCCUCCCCCGGGUGACUCCACUUGAGGCCAUGGAGCCGGCUGCUUCCCCGCAUGUCUCCCUGCCUGGCCCCCUGCUCUUCCUCCCGGUCCUGGGCCUGUCUGCACUGGUCUCAGCCCAGUUUACUGUAGUGGGACCAGCUGAUGCCAUUCUGGCCAUGGUGGGAGAAAACACCACGUUACACUGCCACCUGUCACCUGAGAAAAAUGCCCAGGACAUGGAGGUGCGGUGGUUCCGGUCUCAGUUCUCGCCCGCGGUGCUGGUGUACAAGGGGGGGCGUGAGAGGGCAGAGGAGCAGAUGGAGCAGUACCGAGGACGAACAACCUUUGUGAGUGAAGACAUUAGCAAGGGGAGGUUGGGCCUCAUCAUUCACAAUGUCACAGCCCGCGACAAUGGCCUCUACCGCUGUUAUUUCCAACAAGGCAGGUCCUAUGAUGAGGCCGUCAUGCACCUGAUUGUGGCAGGCCUGGGCUCCACGCCCCUCAUAGAAAUGAAGGGCCACGAGGAUGGGGGCGUCCGGCUGGAGUGCACAUCCGUAGGGUGGUACCCAGAGCCCCAUGCAGUGUGGAGGGACCCUUAUGGGGAGAUCAUGCCCGCCCUGGAGGAGGCUUACACCGAGGACACGGACGGCCUCUUCAGGGUCACCAUAGCUGUGAUCAUCAGGGACAGCUCUGUGAGGAACAUGUCCUGCUCCGUCAACAACACCCUGCUCGGCCAGGAGAAGGACUCUGUGAUCUUUAUUCCAGAGCCCUUUAUCCCCAGCACGUCUCCCUUUCCCUGGGCAGUGGCCCUGGCUGUCAUCCUGCCUGCUCUGCUCCUCCUCCUCCUCGCCAGCAUCUGUCUCAUUACGAAACUCCUCAGAAGAAAAGGAACUCUGUCAGAGGAAAAAGAUUUUGGAAAUAAAGAGAAAAAAAUUGCACAGCAACUUCAAGAGGAGCUGACAUGGAGAAGAGGCCUCUUGCAUGCUGCUGAUGUGGUCCUGGACCCAGACACCGCUCACCCUGAGCUCUUCCUGUCAGAGGACCGGAGAAGCGUGAGGCGGGGCCCCUGCAGGCAGAGCGUGCCUGACAACCCAGAGAGAUUCGACUGCAGGCCUUGUGUCCUGGGAGCAGAGAGCUUCUCCUCAGGCAGACACUACUGGGAGGUGGAGGUCAAAAACGUAAUGGUGUGGGCUGUGGGGGUGUGUAGAGACAGUGUGCAGAGGAAAGGGGAGGCUCUGCUGGUUCCUCAGAAUGGCUUCUGGACCCUGGAGAUGUUUGGAAACCAGUACCGGGUCCUGUCCUCUGCCGAGAAGAUUCUUCCCCUGAACGAGCGCCUGCGCCGGGUGGCCGUCUUCCUGGACUAUGAGUCUGGAGAUGUCUCCUUCUACAACAUGAGGGACCGGUCACACAUCUACACGUGUCCUCGCUCACUCUUCUCUGGGCCCCUGAGACCCUUCUUCAGGCUGGGGUCUGAUGACAGCCCACUGUUCAUCUGCCCAGCAUUCAAAGGGGCCCAGGGGGUCACAGUGCCUGAGGGUGGCCUGGUCCUUCACAGGGCGGGGAGCCCCCGCAGCCACCUGGACCAGUUCCCUGGUCUCAGAGCCCAGUAGAGAAGCCCUGGCCAUCUCUCCUAGCACAGCACAGCGCCCGGAGGAAACGGCCCUCCUUCCUCUGGUCACUUCAGGGAACCUCCUCCAGAGGCCCCGGUGCCCCUCUUCGGGCCCCAGCCCCAUCUCCCUCCUCAGGCUGUGCUGUAAUAGCUCAGUUGCUUGUCACCUUGGGGCAGGGGCCAGGCUCAGGGAAACUAGUGCUUCGACAUGGCUCCCAGCCAAGAAGCAAGUGUGAGACAGUGACAGGCGGAAAGCCUCUGCUUUAACCUCAGGGUGACAUGUUCAACAUGGGACUUGAGCUGCCAUCGGACACUGUGGACGCGGGAUGAGAACAACAGGAUGCACCAGGACCUAAGGGGACUGGUAAGGGCCCGGGCGCCACUGCUGGAGGUCGGAGACAGAGGACGAGGGGCCAGAGAGCUGGCGGGCCCAGGCUGUCAGCAAGGUUAAGCCCCAUCAUGACGGCCAGGGGUCCCAGCAUCUGAAGGUCCAUCCCGCCCACCCCCAGAUUUGCAGACCACACAGGAAAGCUCCCCUGGCCUAGAGGAUGAAAGACAAGGACAGCUCUGGAUCUGUCCUGGCUCAGGUGUCCCUGCAAUAAACAUUCUUGGUCACUGAGAAUGGCCUGAGGUUGAAGGUCCUGGCUGAGCAGUUGAGCAGUGAACCAAGUUAGGCACAAGGUCCAGGUUCAGUGGGGAGGCCAGUGGUUUCCAGCUUCUUGGUCUCACCAUGCCUUUAAUACUCAAAAAUCUUUGAGGACCCCAAGGAAUUUGUGCUCAUUUCAUUUAUAUCUGCUAGUAUUUACUAUAUUGGACUGAAAAGUUUAUAAGUAUAUGUAUUGAUUUAUAUUUAAAUGACCAUUAUAAACCGAUUACAUGCUAAUAUAUAUAAUUUUGUGAAAAAUUACUUGUUUGCAAAGCAAAAUAAAUGCUAGUGAGGUGUGUGGCACUGUGCCAUUUGUUUUGCAAGUCUGAUGUCAGGCUUAAUAAAAAACUGGAUUCUCAGAUCUGUUUAUGUAAUAAUGUGGAAACUUGUGGAGAAUUUUUAUAAGAGUUAAUGAGUCAAACUGACAGCAUUGCCAGGGAGCAAGAUCUCAAAUGCUCUGGAAAAUAACAGUUUUGCAGCUUUUCUGCAUUCGGAAUGAAGGAGGGAACCUAAGGAUUGUAGGAAGUGGGAGAGAGGAGAGUUAAGGAGACCAUGUGCUCCUUGGAGGGUGAUCAUGCUCCAAGGGGUCUGCAAAGGAGGAUCAGGGAUGUGUUAACCUAGAUGCACAGGACAGUGGGUGGGUUUCCUUAAGGCAACAGUAACCUUUUACUAAAGAAUUAUAGGCCUGGGGCUCAGUACCCACCAUGACCUGCCCAGUUAGGGGUUUAUGGUCAGAUCACCCUGUGAGGUUACUGUGGGUCACCAUUUGUUACUAAAACUAUUUCACUUGCAACUUCAGAGCCUUGAGAACCAAACAGAGCGAGACACACCUUAAAAACCAAAGUCCAGGCUGACGGGUGUGGCUCAGUGGUUGAGCAUUGACCCAUGCACCAAGAGGUCACCAGUUUGAUUCUUGGCCAGGACACAA